AUGGCCAUCACUGAAUUCCAAGAGAAAGUCUACACGCACCUCGUGCUCAUCCCCCCGGGCCGUGUGACCACGUACGCGGCGCUCGCGCGCUCCCUGAACUCCAGCCCACGCGCCGUGGGCGGAGCUCUUCGAAACAACCCUUACGCGCCAGAAGUGCCUUGCCACCGCGUCAUCGCGAGUGAUGGCUACGUGGGAGGGUUCAAGGGCGACUGGGAAAAGGCACCCUCGGGAGUCAACCAGACCAUGAAACUAAAGUUGCUCAAGGACGAGGGGGUCAACUUCACCGACGAGGGCAAGUUGGUGGUCAAGGGCGGCGUCGACAUAUGGUACGAUGGUCCUUGGGACGUCCAGAAAGGCAAGACGAUGUUGCAGACGACCAUUGCGCAAAAGGAGCGGAUACAAGAGUGA